GAAAUGGCAUAUGAACAAGAGCAGGAGUAGAAGCAGGAAAAAGCAUACGCUACUUCAAAAUUCGUGCUACGAUACUCAAUCAGAGGUUGCCCACGACGAAUGACGACAUAGAGUCCAUAUUGAUGGACAAUUAGAAGUGUAUCCAGUGUACCCGUUGAGCUUACUCAUGCCAAGACAUGGAUACUGACAACUGCUUUUUGUCACAUGUGCAAUAGGAUCCCUGUUUGACGAAAGGACAAAAUCAUGGAACACACAAUGUCUGGGAGACCUAUUGUCGAGAAUCGAUCAGAAUCUACCAGGAGUCAACACACCAUAUCUGUAUUUUGGAAUGUGGAAGGCUACGUUCGCCUGGCACGUCGAGGACAUGGAUCUGUAUUCGAUCAAUUAUCUUCAUUUUGGGGCGCCCAAGCAGUGGUAUUGCAUUCGGCCGGAACAUAGUGCACGAUUUGAAUGCAUUGCGCAGGGAAUCUUUUCGUCCGAUUACAAGACAUGCCCGCAAUUCUUACGUCACAAAACAUAUCUUCUUUCGCCAUCAAAAUUGGCUACCGAUGGAGUCCCUGUUAACAGGCUAGUGCAGCAUGAAGGAGAAUUUGUCUUGACGUUCCCGUUCGCUUACCACUCUGGAUAUAAUCUUGGAUUCAAUUGCGCAGAAUCAAUCAAUUUUGCACUGGAUGACUGGAUCCCAAUUGGUCGCAGGGCAGAGUCAUGCAAAUGCAUCAACGAUAGUGUCCAGAUUGACGUUGAGGCUAUUUUCCAGUCUUCAAAGAGCAGUUCUUCAGCUGCAGAGACAGGUCGUUUCAGGAGUCGGUCAGACAAAAAGACAUCGGAUGUCGAAAUGAAGGAAGAGGAUAUAGCGGACGAAACUACUGAGAGCACGCAGAAGAAGAGAAAGAGAGGCGUAACCAAGGAUAAAGAUGCGGACGAAAUUAGAUUAACCGAGAUCAGCUCCAGUCGAGCAAGAAAUGCCUCCGACGAUUUGAAACCUGUCUGCAGAUCAACACGUACCGAGCCUGGCUCCUUAUCAAAGGCUUCAUCCACCAAGAAGGCUAAGACGGAAUCUGUAGUUAAGCCCAAUUGCCUUCUGUGUCCUCUGCAGGACUAUGAUGGUGAAAUUCUUCCCACCAACAAUGGCAAGCAUUGUCAUAUGAUUUGCGCUCAAUAUAUUCCAGAGGCGUACAUGUCAGGAGAAGAUGACGACGACGUAACCGUGCACGUAGAAGCCGUACCUGCGGCGCGACGCAAGCUUCGCUGCUUUAUUUGUGAAAAGAAGGCGGGCGCCUGUCUACAGUGCUGCAAAGGAAAGUGCAUCAGAGCUUUACAUGCCAGUUGUGCGGAUAAGGCGGGCAUGUAUGUGGAGGAAGUCACGCAGCCUGAUACGGACAGCAUCGAAUAUCAAGUUUAUUGUCCUACCCACGACCCACGACAAACAAAAGAAAAAGAAGCCGAGUUUAAGGCAUGGAAGGACAUGAUGACCAAAAGAUUGAAACAGAGUCUGGCAGUAUGGGCGCGUUGGAACGACAAUGUGUACUAUGCAGGCGUGAUUGAAAGCGUGCUUCACGACAAGAUGAAUUGCAAGAUCCAGUUUGACGACGGAUAUGUCAAGACAGUUACUUGGAAGGACAUUUCGCUGGACAAGAAGCAGCCCGCCACGGGAAGUCGUACAGCGGGAUACUCUUUGCGAGGAUAAGAAGACAAACCCUUAAUGCGGCACACCCAGAUUACUGUCAAUGCCGCCUGCCUGUACCAUCCCCGCUCCUAUCAGUUCGACGUCGUUAUUCCUUCUCUUUGCGUGCGCGCAUGUAGUUUUGAAAAAAGUCUUUUCUCUUCUGUUUCAAUAGUGCCAUCGUAUCUCCUUUUCUUUUUCAUUUCUUUUUUGUACUAUACAACUCCAAUUGUUAUUGUAAAGCAAUGCAUUAAAUAAGAAUAAAAUCUCUUGUAUGUUUUCCGUCAAA